AUGGCUCAAUUCGAUGACGCUUGGAUGAAACGUGACCUUUAUGGUUAUGGUCCCGAUAGACCAGAUGCCAAAUGGCCUAAAGGCGCCAAGAUCGCUGUCAACUUCGUACUCAACCAUGAAGAAGGUGGUGAGAGAAGUGUCGAAGAUGGUGAUGAACAUGCCGAGACUGUUCUCCAUGAAUUUGGCUCUCAGUUGACUGCCGAACUCGGAAAGCGAGACCCAGCUACUGAGUCUCAAUUCGAUUACGGUUCAAGAGCUGCAAUUUGGCGAAUCAUGAAAUUGUUUAAGAAACAUGAUAUUCCAAUCACUUUUUAUGCUGUUGGUAGAGCUUUCGAGCGGAAUCCUGCUGUCGCUAAAUACGCAGAAGAGAAUGGCCAUGAAGUUGCCUCUCAUUGCUACAAGUGGAAACCUUAUACCGGCACUACCGCAGAAGAGGAAGAAGAAUACAUUAGAAAGGCUGUAAAUGCGUACAAAACCACUUCACCUUCUGGUAAAGUUCCAGUUGGAUGGUUCUACGGAAGACCAUCUGAUCGAUCACUUCCACUUGUUGCCAAAGUCUACAAGGAACUGGGUCACGAACUACUCUAUUGGGCUGAUACCUACGCCGAUGAUUUACCUUACUACACCGUUAUGCCAGGAGGUAAAGAAGGUGAAUCAAUCGUAAUGAUGCCAUACAGUUUAGAUUGUAACGACUUCAAAUUCUGGCAAGGUCAGAUGGGAUCUGAUGAUGCUUUUGCACAACAUUGUAUAAACGCUUUUACUACUAUUCGAGACGAAGGUCUUGAAGGUAAAAGUGCUUAUAUCACCGUAGCAUUACAUUCAAGAUGGAUUGGUCGUCCAGGAAGAUUCCAAGCUUUGAAGAGGAUGGUAGAACACUUUUCAUCCUUCGAUGACGUUUGGUUCGCGACAAGAGAACAAAUUGCUCGUCACUGGGUCGAAACAUACCCUCCAAAAGCUUGA